AUGGAAGAUGUGGGGGAAGAGAAGAUGAUCGCGCCCCCGCACCCCACCCAGCAGCCUCCGCCCCGCGAGGGGCUGGAGCGGGAGCUGGCAGCAGAGCAGGCCUCUGUGACGGCGGAGGCUGCAGGAGCUGGGGCGCCCAGCCGCGCCUGGGCCUCUGCUGCCACCCAGAGGCUGAACGGAGCAGCACAGGCGGCCGAGCAAGUCUUGCCGCAACCCGGAGGCGGAGCUCCUCUCCCCGGGGACUCGCCAUGGUACCAGCCCCGGCUUUACCGCAGGCCCAUUUCCCAGGGACUUCUCAGUGAAGACAGAGGCCGAACCACAAGGCUCCCCUUUCUGUCCCAGAAUUGUCAUCUCAUCCAGCAGGACAGCAUUUCGCAACAGCAGGCCACCAGCAGGUCCAGAGUCCCGCCGUGUUUACGUUUGGACGGACACACUCCCUGUCCCAUGUUCAAGUCCCAAGGAAGGACCCUUAGUAGGUCAGUGCGGGUGACGCUGUCACCUUGGGCCAAUCGACUGAGCAAGGCAGAGGCCCCAGAAGCGCAGAGAGCCCAGGCAGAGUGGCAGGUGCCGGCCAUUGGACAUUGGGCCUGCCUACCGUACAUCACCAUGCUUUACCGAGGUCCUCUCAGUCACCAGAAUGGAGCAGGCCGAGGACACACGGGCUGAGUGCUGACAGCAUCGACUGCGUGUGCUGACCACCUGAUGGAACAAGGUUUCAAAGCCAGAUCUGUCUGAUCGUUUUCACUAAGCCAUGUGGUCUCCACCCUAGACCAGGACUGAGCAGAGGUUCUGAGCAUCCAGGGCAAGGCCCAAAGGGAGGUCCCUGGUCCUGGAAUGCCAGCAGGGGGAAUGCAGUGGCCUGUGGCCAAAGCUACAAGAACGGCACUUCAGCCUCUCAAUCCUGUGAAAAGGGGCCCCACGGGGACCUCUGCUGCCCCCAGACAGCAGGGCACUAGGUGACUGGGACCAUCGAUUCUGCCUGACUGUGGGCCUGGCUGGAGGGAUGAGGAGGCAGGAAAGCGUGAGGCCCCCCGUCUCGAGGAUGGUAGGUCUUACUGCUGCCACAACCCGAGCCACCCAGAAAGAGAGGAGAGAGACCCAGGGGUGAAGCCAGCUCCGGCCCCUCAGGCUGAGCUCGGGAGCACAGAGAGAACUGGCAGAACUGGUGGGGUGGGACUAGGGGACCCAGAAAAGAAGUAGGUCAUAGAGGAAGAACCUAUGAGUAGCCACCUGGGGCCCCAGGGAACUAAAACAGGAAUGUCCACCCUGCCAAUCAGAGAGCAGCAGCCUGCAGAGCGGGGAAGCAAAUGAGGGGCAGUGGGCACCCCAACCGUGGCACAGAUGCUUUCCCCAGAUCCUCCCCCAUCACCCCCACGACAACUCUGUCACCCCCGUCCUACAGAAAGGAAACUAAGGCUCCGAAAGGAGAAGCGAUUCGACCAAGGCCACAUGGCUAGGGAGUAGGAGCGGGGUUUGAACCCCCACCUGUGUGGGUUCUGUCUGCCGCACGGCUCUCCGCCCUUCCCAGCGCUGCCUCUUCUCUGCCGGGCCUGCCUCCCACCCUCCCGACCCCACCUCCUUCCUAGACUCCUGCCAUCCCACGGCUCCCCUCCUUUUGCAAAAGGAACAGUCCGCGAAGUCUCACCGGGGGAUGGGAACUCGAAACUCUUCGUUUCCAGGAGCAAAGCUUCCUUCUCCCCGGAAGGAGCAGGCUUCCCAGCUAAAGUGGCCAAGGCCUCACUAAAACACAGAUGAGCAGCCAAGGAAGCUCUCCCAGGGGCUGGGCCCCGCUCUCCCCCCAGGACCUACGGGACCGGGUCUCCCCCACGCCCCUCUGGGUCAUAAGCGACUAGAGUGCAGGAACCAGAUCUGCAGCAUCCGUGGAUCCUUCCUGUGAUGGUGAAAGAUUGGGCUGCUCAGGCCCACAGGCCAUUCACCUCUCCCCCGUUUCCCCUAGCAGAGCCAAGACAGGCUCUCCCAAAGACUGUCACCAAAUACCGAGGGUAAGAAACCACAAAGCAGCAUCAACUCAGCCUCACCGCCAGAAAUUGGUCCUAGCUGAGAAUAACAGCAGCUAGCAUGCAUUAGGUGUUUAGUAUGGGCCAGGCUUCCGUGUUUUAUAUCUUUUUAUUCAUCUAACCUUCACAAUAAUGCUAUGAGGAAGGUACUAUAGUGGUCUCCACAUUCCAGAUGAAGAAACCGAGGCACAGACAAGCUAAGAAACUUGCUCAGGGUUGCACAACCAGUAAGUAGGAGAGCUGGGACUGGAAUUCAGUGAGCACAGCUCCAGAGCCCGUGCUCUUGAAACAAUAUUGCUUCAACACCUUCGUGCCCAAGGAUUGGCAAGGCUUUUGGCUCCUUUACUCUUGAUAGACAGAAUCAUUCAUUCAGCAUCAAUCACUCAUUAGGCACCUACUGUAUGCCAGGCACUGUGCCAGAUGGUGGAGAUGGAGCAGCGAGCAUGAUUCCCAGGGGCCUGGUCCCCUUGAUGACUCCAGUCUAAAGGAGGAGAGGACAUUAAACACACCAGCACACCCGUAACUCUACGAAUGCAGUCAUGAUAGGGUUACAACGAAGAAGCACAUGCCGAGAGAAUACAUAACAAAGAAGCUAAGAAGCUGACCUAUUUCAGCGGUCAAGGAAGGCUUUUCUGAGAGUUACAUUUAAAUGGAGUUCUGGAACUUGAGUUGAUGCUAGCUCAGAAAAAAUGAGGAAAGAACAUUAAGGCAUGUGCAAAGGCCCUGAGGUAGGAAAGAGAUUCCUCUGUUUUAGAAAGUGAAAGAAGGUCACUGCAGCUGGAGCACAAAGAUGGAAGGGAAGAGGCUGAGAACAAAGGGUGGCAGAAGUGGGAUCGUGCAGGACUUUAUAGACCAUAUUAGCAAUGGGAGAUUUUAUUUCAAAACAAUGGGGAGCCAUUAAAAGGCCUUGAGCAGAUUUUUUUAAAAUAUGAUUUGCAUUUUCCAAAGAUGACUGCUGUGUGUGGACCACUAAUUGGAGAGGGGCAAAGUGAACAGGGAGUUGUUACAUGUAUGAUGCGUGUAGAGCAUUUGGCCUAGUUUCUGGCACAGAUGAGGCGCUCAAUAAUAAAGCUGACGUGAUUAUUACCCCCUUUUCCAGCUUUUCCUCCUCUCCUGAGUCAUGUGGCUGGGCGCCACCUUGGCCCCACAGGCCAACCUAUCUUGCUCCCCCAGAACCAAAAGCUCACUCUCCUUUGAGAACAGUAGGUGUGAUGGUUAACUGGUGGGGUAUCAGGCCACAUAGCUGUCCUGCCCUCUGUCUGCUACAUUCAGAAGGGAGCCUGGGGGGGUGGCUGCUCUCCAGAAGAGAGUCCCCUCCCACCCACUCCACACCCAUGGACCGGGGAACCCAGCAGAGCUGGCCCGGCGGGGAGGCCAGGACCAUCUAGGAAGCUGAGGCUGAGUAGGGGUCAGUCUGAGCCAGAAGAACACGUCAACCGUGAUGGGAAGAGUCAGGAAUGCCUGGCUAAGGGUUGGGGGACACAGAGAGCCAAGCAAGGCCAGAGCACCAGGGAAAGCAGUAGGGAGGGGAAAGGAUGCCGGGUGUAGAGUGAAACGGCUCUGCAGAGGCUCCUCCCUGCCAUCCGCGUGUCUGUUCCCAUCUUCCCGGAAGAAGCAAACUCUUCUUCAGCCCUCAUCCCUCUGCCUACCGCCCUCUGCCCUCCCUUCCUCCCUCCCUCUCAGGCUUCCUGAAAAGGCGCGAUCUGUACUUCCUCCGCCCUCUGCCCUCUAGCUUCUGGCCCCACCGCACUGCUGAAAUUACUCUGGCGAAAGUCACCAGGGACCCACUGGGCCUCUCCGCAGGGGACUCUCCUGGAUGCUCUUUCACGACAUUCUCCCCUCACCUGCCUGCCCCGGUCUCUCUGUCCCUCGCUGUUCUUUCUCCUCCACGGGCAGCUCUGUCUUGCCUGCUUCCUAAAAUGUUGGGGCUCUGCCUGGAGCCUCCUCUCUUCUCACUCAGCGCGCUCUCCCCAGGGCCCCCGUCCAGUCCAGUGGAUCCCACCCCCUCGGGGCUGAGGACUCCCAAAGUAUGUCUGUCUCUGGCCAUUGCUGCCAACUGCUGGCUGUCCUCCACACCAUCCCAUUCGGCACAUGGAACACUGGACCCACUAACUCCCAAACAUCCGGGAAGAACCUAUACAUUGCCUUCCCCUCUCUCCCAAAGAGCCUGCAUUUCCUCCUGCAUCCUUACUUCUACCAGUAGACCCACCACCUGCCAAAUCACCAAAACUAGCAACCUGGGAACCAUCCUCCUACCUCCCCUGCCGCAUCCAGUCAGACCCCAAAUGCUGCCGCUUGUACUUCCCAGCUGUGCACAGAUCCAUCCCAUCUGGCUCCUCUCUUGCCUAAGUCAUUGCAAUGACUCUUUUACUGGUCUUGCACGCCUCUCCUCUCAAACAGAAUGGAGGGAGCUUUCUAAACAUACAUCUGAUCCUCAUUAUUCACGGAUUCCAUAUUUGUGAGUUCGUCUACUCGCCAAAAUUUAUUUGUUGAACCCCGAAAUCAUUUCACAGUCAUUUGUAGAUGUGCACAGAGCAGAGAAAUCUCUGAGCCGCCUGGCGUGCGUGUUCCUGGCUAAGGUUAAACAAGGGGACACUCCGCCUUCUUUUUUCAGCUCCAACA